AUGAACAUACUUUGGGAAUCGCUGGCAGAGACAUCUGGCAGUAUUUGGAACAUGUUCUUCCCGGCGACUUCCUCCGAGACGGCAAAUCGUGAAUGGCGCCGAACAUUCGAAGCGAUUAAAGCUGGUCACGAUGAGUCGUACGCAACGGUUGAACGUGCGAUCAAGCUGGAAGAACACGAACGGCCCGAUCUAGCACUGCAGAUGUAUAAGGACGGCAUACGGCGCAUUGAUGAAACACUAGCCCUGCCGGUCGAAGUGCCCGACCUACAGGUACAGGGUCCACAAGCGGAUGAAAGUUGGCAACAGGCGGUCGCCAUGAUACACAAGCUAAAGCGCACCAGAGGGGAAGUGUUGCAACGUAUCGGACAGCUCGGUGGAAAUGGGACGGAAGGUGGCGACAGUGGUUCUUCUGAAAACAGCACAGGACAGCGACCAUGGACGUACACGGAACUAGCAAUGGCAUUGAAGGAUAUGUCCGAAGAAAGUACGGGUGAAACGAACGUGAGUCAGCUGGAACUGCUGUUCUCGUGUGACGGUGUCCAUGUGUACUACAUCGAACCGGAUGGUGUCGUCAGCAGGACAAUGGCCGACUCGACAUUGAGAAUCGUGCGUAUCGAGGGUGAUGAAAGCAGGCAGCUGCAGACAACCGUGUUUCUACAGGUGAUCGAAACACGAUCCGCUAUACGUAUCGAAAAUGCCGAAGAACCGCUGGAACAGGUGGCGGAAGAAGCGACCAAUGAGACACGCACACCUGUGGAAGAAAUGCCGAUGGAAGUCGCACCAGAGCAGGAGCAGGACCCUGAUGCAGAGCAACCCGGUUUUCUUAUCUACCCACUGAUUCCGGGUGUGUCACCGUGCUAUCGGACGGAAUAUGGUGCGUUUAUACUUCCCGAUUUAGCCGCCGCCAGUGUACAAGGUCGUGCGAUUGGUCUCGUAGUACCGUCCGGGGCGGAUGAGGUGGUGUUGGAGAUACUAGUUGCCUUUCUGCAUGGGAUUGUCGCUCAGCCGACAUCGACGGGCGCACGCGUCAGCAAACGUUCCCUGCUGCCCGACUCGACCACCGUUUCGGCCGGUAUCAUUAAGGGUGCGUUCUACCUUUCCCAGGGAUUGGUACGUGGUGCCGAACGGACCGGUCAGCUGAUCGCAACCAGCACACCGUACGUCAUUUCGAAGCUGGGUCAGAAACAAAACUCCACAGCGCAAGAUUCAACGGAGGCCGCUACCGUACAAGUGCCGAAAAAUGUUCGCACUGGCAUUGAAAUUGCGAAGACUGUCACUGGUACGGCGGCUGGUGUGACGAGCUAUGUUGCAGGGAAGGUCGGUUCGGCAACGAUGGCACUGGGACGUUUUCUGGCACCGCACAUCCAACGGCACGGCAGUGCCCUGCUGGCAUACGGCACCGGUAUGAGCGAACAGGACGCCUCGCAGCGUAUGAAUGGUGCGCUUACGAUUUGUGCCGGGGCCGUCGAAGGGUUCGGUACCGUGUACGAAGGUCUCGAACGUUCGGCAUCAAUACUGGGCCAAAGUUUGAGCGCCAGUACGGUGCAGAUAGUGGAGCAUCGGUACGGUACGGAAGCGAGUCAGUUCGUCGGUAGCUCGCUUGACACGGUCGGGAACGUGAUUAACGUGACGCAAAACAUGAACUACAUCACACCGAAGGGGUUAGCCAAGCGGACGGCAAAGAAUGCUGGGAAAGCGCUCGUAGCCGGCUAUAGACCACCCGUACCGGAAGUCGACGGUGGAGCCGCAUCUACCUCUGGUAGUGCAACAGCUCUUGAAGCUUCGCGCGAGCAACGUUUCGUUCCUGCGGCCGUACUUUAUCCCGAUUUGGAAGGAUUGGCUAAGGAAGUGCGUCAGAAAGAAGGAUUUGCUUAA